AAUCAACCUUGGUAUUAGCUUUUGGACAUGUAAUGUUAUGAUGCUAUCAGACUAACUUUCUUCACACACUACGAUCUCCAGGUGAGGGUAGUAGAUGCUCAAGAGACAAGGCUGUCUUUUGGUGUCGACCAAAGCAUUUUUUGCCAAGGUGCUGCUGCAAAGCAAGGAAUCCAGGAAAAGGAAAAGGAGGUAGUGUACUGCUCUGCAGCUUCGUGCCUCUCUUAGCUUUGGGUCUUGCUUCCUUCCUUGCUUGAUCCAGUUCCAUGAGAUUGCGGCGUUCUCCAUCCACUCCAUCAUCUACUGCAUCUGUGCGAGACAUUUGAAGAAGUUUUGGUUCUUCCUUCUAUAGUUCUAUUCUUCGUCGCCGGGGCAGGCCAGAAUUGUGUACCGAAACAAAUUUUAGCAGAUCACUAUGGAUGUUGGUGCAAACAAUCUUGUUCUGCACCUCAAGAGAAUACUGCAUUCCUCUAUUGGAAUUGGCUGUCGAUCUGCUUGUGAUUAUCCUAUGGUGCUAGGCGCUGGAAUUUUGUUGCUGCUUCUACACAGGAUUUGUCCUCCUCUACUUGCUUUCCUAGUGUCUUACUCUCCGCUGUUCUUGUUGACCGGACUUCUGCUGGGAGCCCUUUUGAGUUAUGGUGAACCAUGUGCUCCCAAAGCGAUUGGAGAGGAAGCAUCUGAGAAUCAACAGACUUUGUCCCUGAAAUCCAAAACUUCUGUUGUUGACUGCCCAACCAAGGAGGUUGAGGAUGUAAUUGUCGAGAAGAGAACUGACAGCUUAGGAGUGUAUGUCGAGGAGAGAGCUCUCGCCGAUAAUGCACAUGAUAUUGUUCUUAGCUCAGAGCCUUCUAAAUAUGCCCAGAGCAACGUCGUUCUAGGAAGUGAAGAGCAUACUGAGGAAAUCAGUGAGAAGGCUGAGCUGCAAGAAUUAGAGAGCAGCAAUACUGAAAGAGGUAACAGUGAAGUACACAAUCAGUAUCAGUUGGGUGAAUCCACGAGCCCAUGCUGGCAAUCUGCUGAUUGGCAGGAUCGUUGUUAUGAUUCUGAAUCUGAUUGUACUGAUGAGAGUUCUUCACCUGAUGCAUCGAUGACCGACAUUAUUCCGAUGCUAGAAGAGUUGCAUCCACUGAUAGACUUGGGGACUGGUCACCCCACCUUGGCAUCCAGGUACAACUUGAAUUCUUCAUCAGAUGACGACGAAGAUGACCUUGAGGACGAUGAUGACGAAGAUGAACUUGAGGAGGAGGAGGAGAAUGGUAUCUCAAAUGAUGAAGAUGAAGAGAAUAAAGAUGAUGGAACUCAUCAGGACAUUAUGGGAAAGAACAGUACGGUAGAUAGUCUGAUGGAGCUGCAAAGAGCAAAGAAUAUCCUGAAGUUUGAACUUGACCAGAGGCUAAUGAACUUGCAAACCACUGAUGUUACACAUAAACUGAAGGAGGCGUCAUGUUUCCAUGUCCAGGUUCCCUCCAUUUCCACACCUAGGGGGAAGCCAUUUGAUCCUUCAAAUGGCUCGGAAGUGAUAGAGUUACCCCAGAUACCUGAUUCAGCACCAUCUGUUCUCCUUCCACGGCAAAACUUAUUUGGUCUUCCUUCCGACCAAAUAUUGGACCAUGCCAGUAAAUUGCAAGAAACUUGGACUCCUCGUUCGUAUUCUCCGGCAACACAGCCUAGAAAGCAUGGAAACUUACAUGGAAGAUGCUCUACUGAUCCAGACGGCAAUGGCCUCAAAUUGGGGAAAGGUGAAAUCAGUGGAGAAGCUGCUCAUGGUAGUCAUUCAGGCUGCGAUGCUGAGCAAGAAGGGAACAAUGGCGAGUUAUCUGGUUCACUGGAAACACAUAUAGGUGAAGAGAUCAAUGUAUUAAGUGAAGCAAUUUCAGACGCCAACAUGUUAAAAGUGGGUUGUGAAAUGCUUGAAGGUAAUGUCAGUGCCGAUUUCAGCAAUGGUAUAAAUUCAUUUCCUAUAAUGGAAAACAUAUCCAGAACUUCAGAAGCGAAGGAUUCAGUUCAUGCAGGUAGUGAGCAACCGAUGUCAUGUAUCUCAGAAGUAAAUAAUUCUGAGCAACAUGUAGUCCGAGCGGAUUCCAUGGACGAAGUUAAUUCAUUAUUUAGGUGCCGUAUGGAGGAAGUACUAGUGCAAGCCAUUUCUGAGCCCAUUAUCGGGCAACCCCUGGCAGUUCAACUCGAAGAUGACUCGAGUAACCUGGCGCUAUCUUCAGACCCUGGGUUGCACACCAUUGAAGCAAGUUCAAUUGAAGAACUGAAAUCACAAUUUUCACAACUCAAUGAAGAAGCACCCACAUGUGAUGCUUCUGACUCCAUUUGCGUCGACAAGCCGAUUCAAGAAAAAUUAAGUGAAGCAUCACCUGAAGCAGAUGAGCAUACUUCAGAACUCCCAACUGAAGAUGGGUCCAGAAAGCUGUUUGCUGGGGGAGAUGAGCAGACUGCAGAUAGUUCUGAGCUUCAUGUUAUUGAGGCAAGCUCAGCUGAAGAGAUGAAAACACUAUUCAAGCAACUAGAAGAAGAUGCACAAGCAAAGAUGCCUCUGAGUUCAGAGAACAAGCUUGCUCAAGAUACAGGAGGGAGUGUUUCUGACAUUCUAGUUCUUGAAACAGAGCCCGUCAAAGAAGAAGAUGUCGGCUCCGUUUUCGAUCAGCAGUUAAAGCGAUCGGCAUAACAAAAUAAACAUGAUGUCUCGAGAUGGAGGUGAAGGUGAAGCGAAUUGAGCUCUGAAUCUAUUGUUGUUGAAAGGGAAGCACGCCGAGAAUAUGUUUGAAGUUACAACAUCCACAGGAUCCACAAGUCAUUGAGCUAGUUCCGAACUUUCGAUGCAUGUAUGAAUUUAAUUUUUUUUAGUAGAACACAAAUAACCACAGCACGGAUUACUACAUAAUCGGUUUUGCUAUAUUUUUUGCUUAUAUUAUAUAAAUAUUUUAUAGUAAGAACUUUGUUGGAUGCCAAAC